GAAAAAACCAAAGGAUAAGGUGGAGCGAGCAGAUGGCAGGAGUCAGAUAAAAAGGUGUUUGGCGCGGGGGGGAGCGACUAUUUGAGACAGGGAAAGGGCCAUACCACGACGACGACGACGAUGAUGAUGAUGGUGGUGGUGCCUCACAACACCGGGACCAUGCAGAGCUCCAGGCUGCUCAGCGGGGCUCUCCUCUGCGCACUGCUGCUGCUCUCCGGCGUCGCUGGAGCUCAAGUGUUGGACACCGAAUCCGAAGAGGAGCUGAGCCCCAGAGCUCUGCGGGACUUUUAUCCGAAAGGUCCGAACCUGACAAGUGAGAAGCAGCUGCUUGGAGCUCUCCAAGAAGUUCUUGAAAAGCUGCAGGCUAAACGCCUGCCUUUAUGGGAAAAGAAAUUCGGCCAAGUCCCAACGUGUGAUGUCGGGGAGCAGUGCGCCGUGAGGAAAGGCGCACGGAUCGGCAAGAUGUGCGACUGUCCCCGGGGAGCUUUCUGCAACUUUUUCCUGCUGAAGUGCUUAUGAGCCUGAAUCUGAAUGUAGCUUUGAGAUGAGAUGAGCAGGAAAAAAAAACUGUCACUCGAUUCCUUUGUAAUUAUUGUCAUAUUUUUUUAUAAUACAGCUGAGGAGCAGGUGCGGUGACUGCCCAACCCUUACGAAAAAGAACUAUAGUAGUUCUAUGAUAAAUAUAUAUUUUAAAAUAUUACUAUAAGUCUCUGUAAGGAUAUUAUGGUGAUGUACAGAAAAAGAGAGAGAAUAAGGUUCCUGUAAAUAUCCAGAACCACUUUAUGUCUGUAGUAAACCCACAGGAUCAUUGUUGUGAUGUAAUAGGAGUAAGAAAUCAUCCACAAUGCGCCAUAACCUCACCAACGUUAUGGGAAUAUUAUAGUGAUUGAAAUCCAGAACUAUUUUGUUUCAGAUGAAUGUUUGUGUAUGACUCAUGAUAAUAGUAACAAUAAACUGUGGAUCAUCUUGUUUUGUAAAGCA